AUUUUUUCGAUCCUUGCCAAGCAUGGGGCCAAAGAAACCUGCUGCCGCUUCGUCCAAGCCAGUCAAGGACGUUCAAGAUGACGGACCUCAAGUCAUUGUGUCCGAAGACCGCGAGCGCCACCCAACACGUCCGCCUCCUGAAAACGUCCCGCCACUGUACGUUCCGUCCAUCAUGCCAAAGGAGAGCUUUCCUGAAUGGAACGAAAAUUUAGAUCAAGAGAACUGGUACACUGCCACUGCGCCAUUCGAAGAUCCCAUGGGGCUACCCGUGCUACCUCCACACAUUGACACAUCGUCAAUUACAUGGAAGCGCCCGCAUCAGUAUUUGCCGCCACUACCCGAGCCACCCAAGCUAACGACGUCUGCCCCGGCGGUGAAGACCCCUGGCGGGGGAACGAAAAAGGGGAACUUGGCUUCUGGAAAAAAGAUCGAGUCGAUCGAUGCCAAGGCUGAAGAGCCCAAAGUGCCACGAUGUUGCUACGUGCUGUACGACUCGUCGCUGGACCCAAUGGUCGAGAAGUUUGAGGGCACACAGCCCGGGUUUGCCCCUCCAUUGACUGCGGAACGCCUGGAUUGGGCCAACGACUUUCAACGUGUGUGGAGCGCGGAACAAGCCCACGAUAUCAAAAGAUGGGACACGGAAGAGGCGCGGAUUCAAAGCGAAAAGGAGAAAAAGGAGUUAGCCCUCAUGGCGUACGAGGAAAGCUGCUUAAUCAAGCUGCAAAAGGCCAUCGCAGCCCACAAACAAGCCACCGAGGCCGAGUUGAACGACGAAGAUCUGCUCGACGACGGCGACGACGGCGACACAACGUUUGAUUUCCCCGCCGCUGGCACGCCGGCGCCGUUGCUGUUUAACGAGAUCUUUGGGUCGGCGCCCGUGAUUGAAAUCGAGCCCAACUCAGUCGUCAAGCCCUCCGUACCAGAAGGAGAUUACGUCGACUCGCCCCUCGCCUCGGGCUGCCGCGUUAUCAGUCGGCUCGUGGAUCGAAUGGUGGCGAAUCAGCCGUACUUUUGGGAAGCCAUCUACCCCCAGACCGUGACAGCAACGAAUCGACGCAUCCCGACGGUCAACCCGGGCGGGAAGUACCUCGUGAAGCUGUUUGUGAUGGGCAAAUGGCGCAAGGUCGAAGUGGACGAUCGUAUGCCGCUGGACGACCAGGGCAAAGUGGUGGUGCUCAGCAGUUCCCAGCCGAGCGAAAUCUGGCCAACGCUUCUGGCCAAGGCUAUCUACAAGGUGUUUGCGUGGACCAACACGCUGUCGACGAUGAACCACCCCUCGACGGUAUCGCAGUCGGUGGGGUUUAUCUUGAACGCGUUGGCAGGAUGGAAAUCGCGUGCGUAUGUCGGCUUGUCGGAUUUAAACGCGGCCGAAGCAAUCGCCAAAAUCACGCCUUGUUUGGAUGCGGCAGUGCCCUCCACGACAUUGUCGGACGUUCAGCCGUCGUUGACCAUGAACAACGUUCUGCUCGUGUGCUCAAUGGCCAGCAUCAAAACAAGGCACUUCAACUCGUCGUGCGGCGAAGCGUUUGUCAUGUCGAGCAUUCGUACGUCGGGGCAAUCGUUUUCGAUCAACAUCUUCACGCUGCAGCCCAAUGUUCCGCCCCACGACACGUUGUCGUUUACGUCGGAAAGCAUCGAGUAUCACAAAUUGACCACGGUCGUGCUGCACACGAUUCCAACUUAUACGCAUCAAUUGGUGCAAGAAUGGACCGUUCAAGUAGAUACGACGAACCCCGACAACCCCCAACGCAUCCAGCGACCGUACUCGAACGCGCUUCCAAAGUUCCUCACCGUACAAGUCCCCGACACUGUGUCCUCCACGAUGCUGUACGUGACGCUCACUUGCGCGCCGGUAGCCGCCGCAGACGACGUCCUCCACGCUCCAAGCGAUCGGGGCAUGCUGCUGGUCGAGAAGCAGCAGCUCAGCUGGCCCACGCCCCCCGCCGCAACGAUCAACCAAAACGCCGGCGUCUUGAAACCAAAUGUCACGUGGCCGUUCGAAGUCGUAGGCCCCGGCACACAUGUGUACCGGCUGUAUCCACACGACUUGCAGAACGGCUACAGUCUCGAGGUCGAGAGCGACGUGCCGAUCUUCGUCCACUCCGUCGUUGAUUGUUUGAGGGACAUUUGCCACAUGAACGUGGAAACGCUAGACGCGUCGUAUGAUGCGAUGGCGGCGGGGACGUGGCAUGUCGUCCAUCGGUUCAACAUGACUGUCACGGCGACCAGCGGGUCCCGGAACCGACUGUAUCUGGGCUUGCACAUGUACGACGCCGACGCGUCGCCCUACUUUCACGUGCAUUUGGUCCACAACAACACCUCGUCGGCUACGGAGCUGCCGUCAGUGUCCACUCGAUUGAAUCUCCUUGGCGGGUACUUUGACUUGAACCCCGCGAACGCGUCGGAGAGCUACACGGUGGUCCUCGAGUGUCUGCCGUGUCCAAACGUGGUAAUCCCCCCCGGGGUGUUUACGAUCACGGUGGCCAGUGAUUGGACGAUCCAGGCACCGCUGACGCAGUACCCCGUCGUGUCGUCUGUGUUCUCGGGGUCGUACACCCCCAACAAGUACCUAACUCUGUUCCGGGACGUGUUUGGGCCCGACGCGGGCGAGGACGAUGCCAAGGCCAAAGCAGGGACAGCCACGUCAUCGAUCCACACAAGUUUGAAACUGUCGACGUCGGUGGCGAAUGCUGCGGUGAAACUGGAAGUGCUCGACGCGGCCACGGGCAACCUGCUUGUCAAGGCGACCAACUACAACAACACGCAAGUGAUGCAGUUGCCGCCAUGUGUCGACGGAGGAGGGUACAUCAUUCAAGGCCGGUUCGACGAAACGCGGUGGGUGGUGCCCGACGCGUUGCGGUCUGUCCAGCCAUUCUCGGGGUUGAUUGCCAAACCCACCGAAGCAGCGUCCCCGGAUCAAAUCGGUAGCGUCGUGCCGGUCCCCGACAGCGCUACUGCCACUUCUCCUCCCGUGCCCGACGGAGGACAGCGACAGGACGGCACCACCUCGUGGCGGCUCGAAGUAUUUGGACUCGUGCCGGCGAGACUCACUCCCGACUGCACCGCGUUGAACAAGUUUGCGGCCAUAAAGCACGGGUGGGAGGUCGCGGAACGGGGUCGAGAGGUCCGGGGCGUCGUGAGUCGGCUGCUGUUUCUGGGGAAGCGUCAGGAAGCCAUGGACCGCAUGGCGGCGGCAGAGUACUCCCCUGAGCAACAAAAGGAGAUGCUCGCGCGGUACGACUUUUUGUUUCAGGACGGCGCGAGUCCGUCGAUCACUGAAGUGGGGGCGGCUGAGCCAGAAGUGCUCCUCGGGUCUGACUUUUUUGCCACCGAGUCGCAGAAAUUAGCCCAAGACUUGGACGCGAUUAAAGUGCACAUGGAGAAAGCGGCGAAAGAGCGCGCGGCCGAAACCGCCGCGAGGAAGCUAGAGAUGGACCAGAUGAAGGCCGAGAUGGCCGACUUACGACUGGCCAUGCUUCAAGAGCGCGAAAAGUUGUGGGUCAAGCGAGAAGAAAUCCGAAAGCAGCAAGCCAACCCCACCCCCCCGUCGUUGUUCCCAUAAGACCAAGACAUUAAUUCAGCAUCGUGUUGAGUUUGUUUAGCAUAUCUAGUGAUUCACCGUGCAAGUCGUUGUUGCACUCUAGCAAAAGUGCUGCGAAAACCAAUUUAGUACUGUGAUCGUAAUAGGUCGGGGACACAUGGAGGGUUGUUGGCACCUUUGAAUUUCUUGGUGUUGUUUUGAACAAAGCUUGCAGGGUCGUCCGUGGCGGGCAGCCCCCACGACACCUUGUCCCACGCAGCUUCGGCCAACGCCGCGCGCAAGUCGGCGUCGCUUUCAGGAUCGUCGUUCACAGCCCGAGCUGUAUGUACCUAACAAUCGCAGUGAGCAACUAUUGAGAGAUUGUUUGGCUUGUUACUUGACGAAGCGCGAAAACCUCGCCGUCCAAGCUCUCGAGGGACGGCAUGGCCGCGUGGACGACGUCGAAGUAUUUGUCGAUUUUGCAGACUGAAGAUAUUAUAUACGGGAGCGAUAUGUUCAAACACCACAGAAUAGCUUACCUGGGUUGGACCGAGGUGCAGCCGGCGCAUGCAGAAAGAGUCGUCGCAAGCGAGGGAGCUAUUAAAGAGAGCGAAGGAGAUGGAGGGAUUGAUGGGGGAAGGAGGUUAGUACCUGCUUUUGC